AUGUCAGUCUUUUCCUUCCUCCACCGUCUCGUGUGCAGAAAAUGCAAAAACACGACCGGCUCUCAUCGUGUUAAGCGGCGUCUAAAGCGACUACCGCGGCUAGAGCAGGAACAGGACGAGUGGAGGCCAUCGUGGAUGCAUGAGACUUGCGACUUGGAGUUCUCCAACGAGAACGACGGAAUUGAUGACGGCUCCUUGGUUGUCGAGCUUGACGCCCGCCCUCCUUCGUCCUCCGAUCCUCCUACCCUGCCUGUCGUUCCUGCCUCUCCGCCAGUUCUUGGCAUCGGUAUACAGACACGAACGGCAGGCACGACCAACCGCUACUCAUUGUCACGGUCGUCUUCGUCGCCGACCCUCACCGUCUCGUCGUCGCGAUCCUCUCUUACGAGAAUGCCAGCCGUCCAUAACCUUCGCUUGCGCAGCAGCAGUUCCUCCGUCUCCGGUGCCGAGUCUUCCCCGCCGCAACUGAGGCUGUCUUGGGAACACGCGCCACCUUCGCCGUUGAUCUCCGAGCCGAAGUACUGCCGCAGUCCGAAAUUUGUACCUACGGUAUUUGUUGACGUGAAGCCGCUUACGGUUCUCUCGAAGGAACGGCGUUACCCGCUUCUCACUCUUGACGCUGAUUCCGACGAGACUGAGAGUAAUGAUGAAUCCAUCUCUCCAACCUCUUCUGUCUGGUCGCCGGUCACCGAACGCCCUCUACCUCAUCUCCUCGGCGACUUCCAACCGGUGAAGCCCACGCCGCGUGUUGGCGUCAACUUUACACGAAACAACAGGAUCUCUCCGUUGGCUGCCCGGCGCGACUCUGGUGGUAACUUUGGUAACAGAAAUUGUACCAACGCCGCUAACACCAACGUCUCUAGCGGUCCCCGAUACAUUCCCGCCUCGAAGACUGUGGUGACGCCCCGGCUUCGUCCUUCGGUUCAACGGUCACCGCUGCAACAGACUUUGCCGGUCCUCCGCGUCACCGCACCGUUUGACGAGAGCCUGGGCACGUCAUAUCGGCCUCCACAGAAGCUCAUCCACCGCAAGUCCGUCCUUGCCUCCUCUUCAGUGAGCGAGACACCAACGGCACCGAUCAAGGCGGAACUGUCCAACGGGACCAUCCGUCCUUAUGACCAGACGCACUCAAGACGUCAUGCACAGCAGGUGAUGUCACUGACACUUUUGUCAUCGUCUUCGUCCCACCCCUUGUCGCCCGAUAGCGUCGCUCCCCACAUGCUUCGCUUGAUCCCAUACAACUCGCGGCAAGGCUACAGCAUGCUACAGACGCUUCGUCGCCUGCUCGUUGUCCCUGUCGACUGGUCGGCAGCACAGACUCUUCUGUUUGUCCUGCAGCGCCCGGCUGUCCGCCGUUUGGCUCUGCCGUUCCACUUGUCGUCAUCACCGUCGCCGACCGACUGGAAGCACUUCCAAGAUCUGCUCGGCGUCGCCCGCUGCAACUCGCUUGGCUGGUACGGCAUCAUGCAAACCAUAGAAGGACCCAUGCGGUACCAUACGGCCCGCGAGCACAGCCACCAGAGCUUGCGCACGAACUUUCACGACGUCCCCUCCGCUCUCGCCCCCUGCUCCAACCCGCGUGCGCUCUCCGGCAACACCCGUUUCUCCGUCGCCGAGUGUGACCUCGUCGCCCGCUGGCUGGCCAGUGGCGAGCCGUUGUUUACACGUCAGACGACGCUGCCGAUGGUGCUAAUGCGCAAGAGCAGGCAGCCGCUGCUGCGGAGCUCUCCGAGCCGGAUGCGUCUUCAGCGUCUCCAGCAGCAGGCACGCGGUCGCACGCCGCUGUCACCGCUUACGUCGUCCUCUGUCCACACCAGGGACCUCAAGGAACACAACGACCCGGCCAUCCGCUACGACAUUGCUCGUAAUCCGCGCUGCCGGCAUCAUCAACUGUGGACGGGUGCAGGUAAGAGUCGACUGUCCGUCGCAUGCUUGGCCGAGUAUUAA